CUCCCUCACCAACCCACAUGACAGCAACUUGAAUUCUAACCUCUCUUUUAAUUACACAAAACAACAACCUUUUCCACUCUGCUCCCAUUCACCAAAACGCCUCGUUUCCUCCGUAAAAGAGACACCCUCAGCCUUGUAUCUCUUCAAGCCUUUUCACAGGUCUUGAAGAGACAAAAUCAAGCCAAUUUUGAUCUUUGUUUCAUCUCUGCUCUACAGUCUUUCUUUCUUGUUUGUUGAAUAAUGGGGGGUGAAACUAAGGUCUUUACUUUGGCUGAGGUCUCCCAGCACAACAACGCCAAGGAUUGUUGGUUGGUUAUUAGUGGCAAGGUAUAUGAUGUGACAAAAUUCUUGGAUGACCACCCAGGAGGUGAUGAGGUUUUGUUGUCUGCAACUGGAAAGGAUGCAACCGAUGAUUUUGAGGACGUUGGCCACAGCAGCAGUGCUCGAGCGAUGUUGGAUGAGUAUUAUGUAGGUGAUAUUGAUUCAGCAACCAUCCCUACCAAGACCAAGUAUACUCCUCCCAAUCAGCCUCAUUACAACCAGGACAAAACAUCAGAGUUUGUCGUCAAGCUCCUCCAAUUCUUAGUUCCCCUGAUUAUUUUGGGUGUUGCUUUUGGCAUCCGCUUCUAUACCAAACAGUCAUCAGCUUGAAGAUGGAGUUCGUGGUGAACUCAUAAGAAGUGUCCAAAAGAAAGGUUGUGGGGGGUUGUUUUUUGUCAUCUGGACAAGUCUUGAUUAAAUUGUGGGGAUAGUAGGAAAAUUUCUUUUGUGGUGAUAAUGCCUUAACAUUUCUUAGUUUUCCCUUUCUGAGACAUCAUAUGGUUGUCUUUUUUUUAGUCUCUGCAAACUUGGAUUCUUGGCAUUUGGUGAUGAUUUGUUAGGAUCUUUCCAUUUCCUUGA